ACUGUCUGCUUCUCUGCCACUGUCUCGGCUUCACCCCCGCUGGCCACCUCCCACCUCUGCUUCUCUGCGCUCGCCAUUGGCUGUCCAGAGUGGGGGGCCUGUAGGGCUCUGUGUGUGUUCCUGUGGGUGGGGUCGAUGUGGAGGCAGGUCCCUCUGCAGAUAAAUAGGGGCCAGUGAUAGACCCAAAGACGGCCAUCCUCAGCUCACCAGCCUGCCUCCCUCCUGCCCACUCAGCCCUCUGGGACUGGGAGCUGGCGAGGUGGCAGUGUCUGGAGGCGGGCCAGCAACCUGAGGUGCAUGCCACAGCCUGUCGCCUCUCCCUGCACACAGCUGAGCCGCAGGAAAGCCGGCCCGAGGCAGCGGCAACCUUCCGACUGACAGUGACGACUUGCCCCUGCCAGCGAGAGAGGACAGAGCUUGGAGAGAGCCGUAACUAGCGAGCCAUGGUUGAGGGGGAGGUGACCGCCGUCUCCUCCCUGUCUGAGACGUUCAACCUGGCCCCCAUGGACUACCAGCAGCCCAGACUCCUCUACUGCAGCAACGGGGGCUACUUCCUGAGGCUCCAUCCGGAUGGCACAGUGGACGGCACCAGGGACAAGAGCGACGAACACAUUCAGCUGAAGCUCGUUGCCGAAAGCGUGGGGGUGGUGUAUAUAAAGAGCAUCAAGACCGGCCAGUACUUGGCCAUGAACCCCGACGGGCUUUUAUACGGCUCCGAGACCCCAGAGGAAGAAUGCUUGUUCCUGGAAACGCUGGAGGAAAACCACUACACCACCUUCAAAUCUAAGAAGCACGUAGAGAAGAAUUGGUUCGUUGGUCUCCGGAAGAAUGGAAGGGUCAAGAUCGGGCCUCGGACUCACCAAGGCCAGAAAGCAAUCUUGUUCCUGCCCCUCCCGGUGUCCUCUGAUUAAAGAAACCCACUCAGGGUGCUCACCACUCCAGAGGAGUCUCACGAGGCCCUCCUCCUGUGAACCCCAGAAUGCCCCUUGUCCAUUGGCUGUACUAACCCUUGGCCCACAGAGCCUGAAUAUGUAAGAAUGUGCUUCUAUGUGCCCCCAUCACAUUUUGCAGCACUCUUUAUCCCAGCCAUGUUUGGAACACAGGGGACCAAAUUGCUUCUAAGGGGCCAAUUGGCUGGCCAGGCUGGGUCUGAGUCUGGAUUUGCAGGCCCGGUUCCUUCUGGGCAGGCGACAGGCCUAGCCUCUCAAUGCAAAGGAGCUGCCAAAUGCGUCAUUCGUCACAUGCACUGUUUCCCUCUACCAAAUGAACCUGGUCUACCAUGCCUCAAACAUCGGGCCUGACGCCCUUUCACCCUUUCCAUACAGCAGACAUGGCCACAGAAAUGCUUGUUGCUAGCAGCUGCGAGGAAGGCCGAAGGCAGUGUUUCCUCAGAAGGAUCCGAGAGGAAGGUGUGAUUUAAAAUGAGGAGGGAGGUUGGCUUUUGGUGGACAAGCUAGGAGGAUGAAAUCUCAGCCGGGCGGCCCAGCCAGAGGAGAAAGCAGAAUCAACCCGUCGCUUUGGGAGUUAGGAUGCUUCUCUGCCUUUCUCCAGGCCCCUCGGUGGCGGCAGGCAGUCCGGUGGGGAGCAGGAGGUGCGGUUCCUGGAUGGGAGCAGGGGCAGCAGGGGUCGAUGCAUCCCUGGGCAUGGGGACUGGGUGUGCAUGAAGGCAAAGGAAGGGAAGCCCGCUGGGAUGGAAUAAGCCAUCCUCUCAUAGAGGAUGCUCUUAGAAGUCAGGAAGACCGAGAAGGCCGCACCAUGGCCCAUGCUUGGCCACUGGGCAGCAGGGGCUUUGGGUUCCCAAGGCAGGACUCGUCUAACUCCAGGUCCUGGCUAAAUGCAGACCCUGAUUCACUGGGUCUGGGAGCAGCACUGGCAUUUCUAACAAGUUCCCAGCUGCCGCUAAUGCUGCCGGCCUCCCCCAUCAAAGGUUACCCAGUACGAGUUGGCACUGGGUCAACUCUAGCUCACGGUGACGCCUCUGUGCCCCAUAAGGUUUUCAACAGCUGGGUUUUCACAAGUAGAUCACCAGGCCACUCUCCCCAGGUGCCUCUGGGUGGACUUGAACCUCCAGCCUUUUGGUUCACAGCUGAGCGUAGCCACUAGUUGCACCACUGUCCUAGAAGUGGCAAGAUCCUUGAGAAGGUUAUUCAAAUGAAGGUGACUCAAAUCCCAGUCCUUCACUUUGUCUCCGCCCCUUCUCCAAAAUGCAUCUCCCACGCCCCCUUCUGCAUCCAGCGGGCAGCAUCCACAUGGGUGAUGUCUGCUUCAAGAGCAUGGUUUUAAGGAGCCUUGGCCCAUUUAGAAGGCAUACAAAAGCAGGAUUCAAACAUGUUUAGCUCAACAUACACCUGGUCCCCAGAGAUCAUCUGUGUGUUAUGGUUACUUGUGCAAAUACGCUGUGCUAAAGCAAGCCUGACACAGGUCAGUGGCAAUUAGAAGCACCAUUCAUCUUUGACCUAUACUACUGAUGCUAAGGGAAAGCCUUAAGACUCCAUUUAAACUAAUUGUGAGACUAUGUUCGAAUCACAUUUAAGAAUUCAUAGCUCCAACGUGAUUACACUAAUCAGCAUUCAGCCACUGAGAAAGAUAAUAGGAUAUAUCAUGUAUAAGCUACUCAAGUAUCCACUACUUAUACUGCACUUACCGAUGAAAUGAGAUUUUCUUUGUCCCUUGUUUUCCUCCAAGCGGUUUAUGGAUUUUUAUUUGAGAAUGGAGACUCUUAAGCAAUCAUGCGAUCACUGUAGGGGAAAAAAAUGACCAGAGGGUUGGCUUGUGUUUUAUAAGGGCUGGAGUAAUUAUUCAUGGAAAAAUAAUUCCUUUGUAAAGGAACGGUCAUAUGGGAAUGGGAGAAAGGAAUGCCCAUUUGUGAAUGCUCCACAUGAUCAUAUAACCUAGGAAUUGAUCUAGGGAAAUUAAUAUGAUGGUUCUUUCUAUCAGCAUGCAUUUGAUCAGCAAAGUGAUUUUGCAGCUUUUGGGGGGUAUGGACCUUGGAUAAGACGCGUCCGUUUUACUUCAGUAAAUCUUUGCAGGCAAGUUGGGACCAUGCAGUGUGACUUCACAGCGCUCUACUGUGAGGAUUGGGCUGGAAAAAAGGUGCCCAGUGAGGAAAUCCACGAUAUUUAUACUGGUCUAUGAUUUUUAGUAUAUGAAUCAAAUUCAAGUACAACAUUAGCCAAGGAAAAUGAAAGACUGUUGCUGACAGAUGAGGCGGAAGCCUGUGGUUUAGAGACCCAGGGCAUUGUAGUAGCAAAUGACCAUGACUCCAGUCAUCAUUCAAUAAAUCUUUAUUAAGAGCCUGCUGUGUGCCAGGCACAGCACUGGGUUCUGGGGAGCCUGGGUCCUGGUCUGUCUGGCCUGCUGCUGUAUCCCCUCCCAGGGCAUUAUAUUUAUGUGGGUUCAUUUCUUUCUCUCAAAGCCAGGAGCACAGACUGGAGAGGCUCCUGCUGGACCCACAGGAAGUACCAGAAACCCAGAUGUUAUAAGAACGAGCAACCUCUCCGCCUAAGAUAGAGUCUCAGAGGACACGACAAGGUGGCCUGAACAUUUUCCACUGUAGAAAAUGUGUCGGUUUUAGGGGACCGCUUUCGGGUCAGGAAAACCACCCGUCAGCUUGGGUCAGGAGGGAGUAGUGGGCAGUUCCUGGGUCCUUUUGGAAUAGGUUCUCGUCUCUUCACGGCGGGGCCUGCCCAUUGCUCACUGUCUUCCUCAGUCAAGGCUCGUAGUCAGUUGUUCCUCUUCCGGUUACCUGUGGGGAGUUAACCUGACCAAGUAUCCCUUGGUACGAAGUGUUCUUGAGGAUUUUGAUGGUGGCCAUGGUUCUUUGUGUUUCCUUGGGAAAAGAAUGAAAAUGAAAGGUCCCUGGGACCCACGGACUGGAGCAUCAUGUGCUACUGAAGAUCAAGGUCAAGGCUUUGUGUUGGAGGUGACAGAGCCAGAGUCCACAGCUUGGCACAGACACCGUGCUGACUGACCCACCACGCUCCCAGGCUGCAGCGCAGCACGGGUGUCUGAUGAAGAAGAUGUCUGUCAUGUACAUCACUGUCUUUAUAUCUAUCCAUGUAUCUAAUCACAGUCUAUAGAGUACAAAUAUUAAUAAACGUUCCAUGAAGAUGUGA